AUGGCCGAAUAUUCCUAUGCAAAGUCCACCAAACUUGUGCUCAAAGGCACUAAAGCCAAGAGUAAAAAGAAAAAGAGCAAAGAAAAGAAGAGAAAACGAGAAGAAGAUGAGGAGACCCAACUUGAUGUUGUGGGAAUCUGGUGGACUGUAUCCAACUUUGGGGAGAUUUCAGGAACUAUUGCCAUUGAAAUGGAUAAGGGAGCCUAUAUCCAUGCGCUGGACAAUGGACUGUUUACACUAGGAGCCUACAGAGAAGUUGAUGAAGGCCCCAGGCCUCCAGAGCAGUUUACUGCUGUCAAAUUGUCUGAUUCCAGAAUUGCCCUGAAGUCUGGCUAUGGAAAGUGUCUUGGUAUAAAUUCAGAUGGUCUCGUUGUUGGACGUUCGGAUGCAAUUGGGCCCAGAGAACAAUGGGAACCAGUGUUUCAAGAUGGGAAGAUGGCUUUACUGGCCUCAGAUAGCUGCUUUAUUAGAUGUAAUGAAGCAGGCGAUAUAGAAGCAAAGAGUAAAAGAGCAGGGGAAGAAGAAAUGAUAAAGAUCAGAUCCUGUGCAGAAAGAGAAACCAAGAAAAAGGAUGACAUCCCACAAGAAGACAAGGGAAGUGUGAAGCAGUGUGAGAUCAACUAUGUAAAGAAAUUUCAGAGCUUCCAAGACCACAAACUCAAAAUAAGGAAAGAAGAUAGUAAAAUACUUAAAAAGGCUCGGAAAGAUGGAUUUUUACACGAGACGCUUCUAGACAGGAGAGCCAAAUUGAAAGCUGACCGAUACUGCAAGUGA